GGUAGGCUCCCUCCGCGUGUGGCCCGGCGGCGGGCUCCGACCCUCAGAGACCCCGCCUCCGCCGCAGCAUCUUUCCGGGUAGCCUGGAGCCCAGAUGACGGAAGGGGGCUGAGCUUCGGGGCUGGGCCCCGCCUUCGCGGCUUCUGAUUGGACGGAGCCGAGAGAGUCCCCGCCCACUACCUUCCUAUUGGUUCGCGCGUACGAACGGCGCUCCCCAUUGGGUCGCUCGGAUUUGGGCACCAAAUUCAAAGAUUUUAAAAGUACCAGCUGGCGCCUUUUAAGAGUUUCAGGUCUGAGAAGCGGCCGGCCUGCAGAGCCACCGCGAUUCCUUCACGUGAGGCGGUCCCGGCGACCCCUGGCAUGAGCCGGCGGCCGUGCAGCUGCAUCGCCCGGUCACCCUCCUGCUCCUGCUCCUGCUGCUCGUGCUCGUGCGGCUCCAGCCCCGUCACCGCCGCCGGGCGCCUUCGCCCCUCAGGAAGUUAUAAAGAAGAAAGUUCUACUCUUUCUGUCAAAAUGAAGUGUGGUUUUAAUUGCAGUCCUGUUCAUUCUGAAUUUAAACUGGCAAAACCUGAUGACAGCGGAAGGCAAGAUUCCUAUACCUCACCGGGUCUGGAAGGUUCUUGUAAAGACUCCACUAAAGACUAUGAAAGGUUGUCGUACAUUGGAUCACCAGUUGUGAGCCCCAUAGUUGUAGAACUUGAACCUAAAAGCAGACCUCUACAUAACAAAGAAAACCAGCAUGUGCAACCAACACUGAACAGUUUGAGUGACCUGGAAGAAGUAGAGGCCAGUAGACUCUAUGAAGACAGUGGCUACUCUUCAUUUACUCAACAAAGCCUCAGCGAACAUGAAGAGGGUAGCCUUGCACUGGAAGAGAGCUUCCGACACAGCCCGCAGUCCUGCCUGCUGCCCACUGAGAGCUCAGACUCUUACCCUGACAGAAACUUGCUGCCAGUCCUACAUUUCGAAAAGGUGGUUUGUUCAACAUUAAAAAAGAAUGCCAAGCGAAAUCCUAAAAUAGAUCGAGAAAUGAUAAAAGAGGUUAUAUUCAGGGAAAAUUUUAAGCUACAGAAUGUAAUUGGCAGAAAAAUGGGCCUAGAGUGUGUAGAUAUUCUCAGUGAACUCUUCCGAAGGGAUCUCAGACACCUCCUAGCGAGUAUUUUGACACAGCUCAAUGGGAUGGACUUAAUCAGUUUGUCUAAAGUGAGCACAACUUGGAAGAAGAUUCUAGAAAAUGACAAGUGGGCAUUCCAGUCUUAUAAGAAGGCAGUGAAAAGAUUCUUUGAAAACAAGAUAAAGUUUUCACCACAUGCUUCAACCAGAGAAUAUGUUACUAUCAGAACUGCCUUAGCUUCUGUUCAAAAGUCAACAACCCAAGUUCCUUCCAGAAACACUCAAGCCAAAGUAUCCAGUCAUGGCGAUCAGAAAGGUUCAACUCACAGUCGACACAGUGAAUUUUCUGAGAUGGCCAAAACAUUGAAAAAGAAUGAAAGCCUCAAAGCCUGUGUUCGGUGUAAUUCACCUGCAAAAUAUGAUUGCUAUUUACAGCGUGCAACUUGCAAACGGGAAGGCUGUGGGUUCGAUUAUUGCACACGAUGCCUAUGUGAUUAUCAUACCACCAAAGACUGUCCAAAUGGCAGGCUCUUAAAAGACUCGUGUAAAACUGGCCCAUUACCUGGUACUAAGAAAAGCAAAAAGAAUUUACGAAGAUUGUGACCUUUUACUAAAACAAUCAUGAAUGAAUAAUCAUGGUUAGAGAAAGAAAUUAGGUUUUGUUUUUAUGAAUAAGAAGAAUGGUAUUUUGCAGUUUUAUAUAACACCUGGGAUUUAUUUUCUCCCAGUUAAUAGAGGGCACGCAACAACCUCUUAAAAUAUUUUACGAUUUAAUGUGAAGGAAUUUAAAAUACCUCAGUACAGACUGAAAAAAUCAACUAUUUUAAGAAAAAGCAGCGAUGCUACCUGAUAUAAUAAAGAAUUGAUUCAACGUUAUGGGAAAAGAAGAGGAUGAAAUUUUACCUAGACAAUCUGAUUUACUAUUUUAGCAUUUUAUUUGUUUUACCAAAUCAACGUUCAUUCUGAAACCAACUUGUCAAUGUCUUGUCACUUUUCUUGAACUGUAUUUUCCAGUGUGUAUAUGUCCCCAAACCUUAUCUUUUCUAAAAUCUUGAUGUUUUUCCUAUUUCUGAAGGCUGUUUACAUUUUUAUGUGUGUAAAUAUUUUUUAUGUUAAAGUAAAUAUGUAUAUAUAUAAAUAUUGUCAUGAAUAAAGUUGUUACAAGUUU